AUGUUUUGUUUCUUGAUUUUCUAUUAUUUAUUUUUAAAUAUAAAAUAUAUAACAACUCAAGAAUUAAAUAAUGACUAUCCAAUUUGUCAAGUUUGUAGAUGCUAUGAAGAACUGAAAAUUGUUGAUUGUUUUAAAGGGAAUAAUAAAGAGGAAUUUAUAUUAAAUAUGGUAAGACUUCCAGAAUGGACAGAAACAUUUGAAGCUUUUAAUUUAAGUCAAUCAGAAUUCCCUCAUUUUUCAAUGCAUUCUGGUCUUAAAAAACUUCAAAUUAAACAUUCAAAUCUUCAAUUUAUACAUCCAUUAGCAUUUCAACCACUUCCUGGAAUUGAAGAAUUAAUUUUGUCUGAUAAUUUAAUUGAAAAACUUCCAAAAAAUAUUCUUCAAACUAUGAGAAAUUUAAAAGUGUUGGAUUUGAGUGGAAAUAAAAUUAACGGAUUGGAAGGAAUUGGAGGACAGUUAGGAAGUAAAGGGCAAAUACUCGACAGUUUGGUUAUUUCAAGAAAUCCUUUUUGCUCUUUUAAUACAAGUGAAGUUGUUAAAUCACCAAAUAUAUUAUUGCCAUCUUUACCUCUUUCACGUCAAAUUCACAUUAUUGAAAUGCAAAGCGAAUUUAUUGAAAUAAAUGAGAAUGAAUGGAAAUUUAAAAUGGCUAGAGAACUUAAUAAUAAGAGUUAG